CGCGGGACGGAAGGACUUUUGGCUGCCCGAAGCCGCCGUAGCUCGGAGUGCAUCGCUGAUUCCUGUUCGGGUAGCUGCCAUUGCUCGGUGUUUGUGGAGACCACCAGUGCUGCCAUGAGCGAGAAGGGGGAGCUCGACCUGACGGGGGCCAAGCAGAACACGGGCAUGUGGCUUGUCAAGGUCCCAAAAUAUUUAUCUCAGCAAUGGAAUAAAGCUUCAGGAAGAGGUGAAGUAGGAAAGCUAAGAAUUGCCAAGAAUCAAGGAAGAACAGAAGUAUCUUUCACUUUGAAUGAAGAUCUUACCAACAUUGAUGAUAUUGGUGGGAAGCCAACUUCUGUCAGUGCACCCAGGGAACAUCCUUUUCUUUUGCAAAGUGUGGGAGGACAGACAUUAACUGUGUUUACAGAGAGCUCCACAGAGUGCCAGACAGAUGAAAAAUCUGAGAGCAGCAAUACUGAAAAACUAUCAUUGGAAGGAAUAGUGGUCCAGCGUGCAGAAUGCAGACCUGAAGCUAGUGAAAAAUAUAUGAAUUUGAAAAGGCUGAAGAUAGAAGAAUCUUCUAAACCUGUAAGCUGGACAAAGCAGCUGGAUAGAGCUGUAACCACUAAUUACAAACCUGUUGGUAACCAUCAGUAUAAUAUUGAGUACGAGAAGAAGAAAAAAGAAGAUGGAAAACGGGCUCGGGCUGAAAAGCAACAAGUGUUGGACAUGCUUUUUUCAGCUUUUGAAAAACAUCAGUAUUACAAUAUUAAAGAUUUAGUGGACAUAACUAAACAACCAGUGAUCUAUCUGAAAGAAAUUUUAAGAGAAAUAGGCAUCUACAAUGUUAAAGGGACACACAAGAACACAUGGGAACUUAAGCCAGAAUAUAGACAUUACCAGGCUGAAGACAAGAGUGACUAGCAGAGCUGUUAAUCAAGCCAGCAAGGAAGCUGUCAGCUGUGGGAACAGGAAGGGCUGCCGCACAAUUCAUCCUUAAAAUGCUUAAAAUUUAUAACAAGCCCAGUUUCAUUUUUUGAAGAUGUUAUCAAGAACAUUCUGUAAGUGUGUGUUUUGGUUUCAACAAACAAAUUAUUUAUAGAAUAAACUUGUACUAGAUUUCUUUAAGGUUUGACUUUUUAUUGUAGUAUUUUGCAUUUUGUAAAAAAUAUAACCUUGUUAGUAAAGGGACCACACACACUAUUUAUUGUAGGAUUGAGUUUAUCCCCUUACUAAAAUCUUAACUGGUCCUGAAUCUUGGGGUAAAGCUGAACCCCAAGACCAUAUCAUGUGGUGCUGUGCAACUAUUCAGGAUCAUGCUUUACCAAGAAUAAACAGAAGUGAAACAUUUUUAAUAGUGUUUGAAAGCAAAAGAGCGGGGAUAAUGUUUUUGGUACACAAUGAGUGGUACAGAGAGGAAAUUACAACUUAAUCAUUGAGGAAAACCUUUAUUUUUAGUACAAUAAGAAACAAUCUAAUGUGUUUUUUCUAUUAAAGUAAAUGUUUUGUUUCAUUAAACUGUUAAUAAAAGCAGCUUUUUAAUUUGUACCAAU